AUGUUGAAAGUAUAAAAGAGAGAAAUUAAAACCAAUUUUCCCCUAUAAAAGAAAUUUGAUUUUGUGAUAUCGAAUCGUCUUUAAUAAAAAGCCAUCUUUUUAAUGCUUAACAUAUAUGCCUGUCUAAAGGGUUUGUGAGUGAGUGUUUGAGAAAAUUUGGCAGUGCUUAUUUAUAUAUCAAGGAAUUUGGUGGCAUUUGAUAUAUUUUUUUGAUUUUUAUUUUUUUGGUGUUGUGUCUUGUGUAGAAUUUUGACUGCCAAGUAAAGAAAAUCGAUAAUUCAGUACUGUAUCUUACGGUAAAGGUGAUCUGAGGCUGCAUACAAAAAAAAAAAAAAACACAGCACGGAGAAGAGAACAACAACAACCGCAACGACGACGACAACAACGGUUGAGGGCGAAGAGGUCUGCGACAAACAAAAAUAACAGCACUACGUAGCAUUGCCAGUAUCAGUAGCAGCAGCAGCAGCAGCAACCUUACACAGUGUGUGUGUGUGUGUUUACAUGUGUUUGGUUGAUGAGAGAGGGGGAUAUAAACGACUCUCAGACUUUCUGGUAAUACCUACAACACUGUAUAGCAAAAACCAUCAUCGUAGUAUCUUCCAUUCGUCGUAUGGUUUGGUCGGUAUUUGGAUUCUCGUAAGCCGCCCCGGUUUAAUAGUUGGUGACUUUUUUCUGUUGUUGUUGGCCCUCCUGCACUGCCCCAACUUACUGUGUGUGUUUGGCGAGACGUGACGUCUGUGUACGCGUAUAUGAGAUUUUAUAGAGAGACAAAGAGAGUAUGUUUUGUGACAUGAGAGCAGACAUGGCCUAACUGUUGGAUUUUUGUGUUUUUUCUCUUCUUUCAUACACCUAGAGAGCAAAAGGCAAAAUCAACACCCGCAUGUUGGGCAUUGUCAUCACUUGGUAGUUUAGCUGAUUGUGUGAGAGAGAGAGGGAGAGGAAUAUUGACACAGGCCUCAAUGAUAAUCACAAUAAUCAUCACUCUCUGCCAGCCAGUCAGUGAGUGAGUGCGUGCAUGCGUGAGUGAUGAUGCCCAUACAAUAAUGAAGUUUAAAAACGUAGCCGAGUGUAUCCUACAACUACUACGAGCAGCCAAAACAACAACAGCAACAAGAACGUCCUAGACGACUACGACAACAACUACUAUCGGUGUAUCGGCGCGUAUCAUAGUCGUCGUAUCUUCGUUAUUACUACUAUCGGCGUUUAACAUUGCAUCUCGUUUGUUGUGUACGCUGUCUGCUAGUAUUCUGUUGGCGGUGGCUAAGGCGGUAGUGGUAAUGCUACAAUAUUUACUCCCGGCUUUGGUGGACCAUAAUUCCUUCUUCCCGGCUCUCUUUGCAUUGCCGUCAUCAUCAACAUUAUCAUCUUUGUCUCCGUCUCCGUUUUAAUCAUAAUCAUUAAGCUCCGAAAAUGCCGAAAUAGAGAUGCAAAAAAUUAACAUAGAAGACGACAACAAUGUCUGACUUUUUCUGUGAUGUGUGUAUUUAAUACUUGUACUAAUCAAAAAAAAGAGGAAGAGGAAAUAAAAAAUAUAAAAAAUAUGCCCAGAAAAAGGAAGCAUAAUAAAGCUUAAGCAAAAAAAAAAACAACAACAAAAGUCGUUUCCUGGAAUUGUGUAAAUUAUAGAUAUCCCUAUUUUUUCAAAGGAAAUUUAUAAGGGACUUCUUCCCUUUAAAAAAAAAAAAACAAAUUAAAUUCUUUUUUUGCUAUUCAUUAUCGCUGUUGGCGGUCAAUAAUGAUAAAAUUUGUCAAGCACAAACAACAACCACAACAACACCACCAGCAGCAGCAACAACAACAACCAAUUUCAUCACAGCAAGAGUCGUCGCCCUACUCUGUGUAUACAUCCUCCUACAAAUCAGCCAAGAAUUUUUUUAGGAAAAAGGGCGAAUCAAAUGACUCGGGUACUGAAUCGGAUGGCGACAUCUUAGAUGUAGAUAUUAAACAUCAUCAUCACUUAGAGUUGGAUAUGGAAACUAGUUUUAGUUCCUGCACAGAUGCAAACUCUCCGACCGAUACAAUUUGUUCAUCAGAAUCUUCUGCGAUGAUGUGUAAAUCCCACCUUCAGUACGAUCAGCAUAGUUCCGAGGAAGAGCUUGAAGUUAUCAAUGGACCUUCAUCGGUGGCUGCGGCUGAGGCGGCGGCCCAUGCGAGCACCAAUGUGCUGACAACAGUGCGUGGCACAUCAUCGCUGAUAUCAGAACGUGGCACCUCAUCGUUGGAUCCCGAUGAGUUGCAGGGAGAAGCAGCGGCAUUAAAAAGGUCCAGUUCCACAUUGGUGGAGAAUCGUAAACGAUCACUGGCACACAGUUCCGAUGAUGAUUUACGAAAUUUCUUGGAACCGAUUUUAACGCCUGUCAACUUUCGCACAUCACCGCCUUUGGAGGCUUUCAAGCCGAAUCGUAGCCACAUGUAUCGCUCGACAACGCCACUCAUCUUGCAGGAGGCACGUUGUGGCAUUGAAAAUAUUAAGUUAUGUGAUAAUAGUGUUAAUGAUGAAAACGGUGGAGCAGCUGCAUCAGGGAUGGUGGGCAACAACGGCGAUUCCUCGUGUGGGGCCAUGGGUGCCAACGAGGAAGAAAAUGCCGAAAAUAAUGCCGACAGCGCAAUGGGCGGCGGUGGCCAUCACAGCACCGGCAGCAUUAUCAAAAUGAAGAUGAGCGGCUCGACCAGCAGCCAUCACAUUUAUCAACCUCAAGCCAAGCAUAAUUUUCAUUUUAAUAGUUCGCGCAGUAGUCCUGCCUCCACGACUGGUCUCGAUGUUGAGGUACGAUCGGUUAGUCCACCAGCGAAACUCUUCCAUUGUGCAAUAUCACCGAGACGCCGACCCAUGCGCACACCACACAACUCACAGCGGUUGCAGAGACCGCACAGGCCAUGUUUAGAUUUUGAUAAAAUGCAGCAGGUUAGUUUGUAAUGUAGAGCCAAAUCAAACAGUAACAACAACAACAACAACAAUUACCAUCAAAAACAAACACAACAACAGCAGCAGCAGCAACAACAGUGCUAUUAUCAACAACACCACACCAACCACCCACAACAGCAACAGCAACAGGAGCAGCAAAGAAUAACUACAACAGCAAGCAUAAUUUCUGAAACAAAUAAUACAGCAACAACAACAACAACAGAAACUAAUAACAACAACAAUAAUAAUAAUUUAGCAACAAUAAUACGAUGUAACUACAACAACAACUACUACUACAACUACAGCCGCAACAGCAACAAAAUGAAAAUUCCCAGGAACAACUACAACUAUUUCUGCAAGACUACCACCAACAACAACAAUGCAUCAAUAACAAAAGCAACGGAAACCGCAACAACAUCAGAAAUAACAGGAUUAUCAGCACCAUCUACAACAAAAGCAGCAGAAACAAUAACCACUUCAAGUAUGGCGAGUGAAUGUGUACCUAAUAUUCGGCAAAGGAAUACGAAAAUAACAACAACAGCCACAACAUUGUUUGAAGCAAUCAAGGAAGAGGUGGAAGUUUGACAACGACAGCAACAACAAGCAUUACAACAACAACAACAGCAGCAGCAGCAACCGGAAGCCAAAAAGCGACGAAAAGGAAACACUUCAAAUAUCGAUAACAACAACUCAACUCAUAGUCACACCACAUAGGAAACUAACAAACGCUACAGAAGCAACAACAACAACACCACCUCCAUCAUCAUUAUUAUCAUCAUCAUCAGCACCAACCGCCACAACAUCCAUCAAAACAACUACAGCAUAUUUAGAUUUUUAAUCUAUUCCUAUACAAUUCGUGUUCUUACCCGUGUUCUUAGACUAAGCAUUCACUUCAGGUUUUAAGUUUUUUCUUUAUGCUAUUUUAAGCCUAAAGGGGGCGGUAUGCACCUUAAACGAAUUUUUCGUUGCCUUAAGAAAUGCAACCGAAAUUUUCGGUUUGCUUUGUGUUAUAGGGUGACAUUGAAAGCAUUGGAAUUUUUUUUUUUUUUGGUUUCAUUGUAAAGAAAACUUUUGCUUUGAUAAUAUUUUCCAACACGCAAUGGAUUUAUUUCCACAAAAUAACGCUGAAUAUUGAUAAGCGUGGGCAGAUUGGCAAAACGAAUGCAUAGUUUUUUUUUCACCAUGUGUUUGCUACCGGCAAUUUCGUUGGAGGUGCAUACUAGGCCUAAGACUGAAAAUCUAGCCGUACCCCAGAGUGAAGUCUUAAUCGAACAAAAAAGGGAGGAGGUUCAAUAUUGUAGCUUUUUUCUACUAAAUCUUGUGCUAGUGAACAGGGAUCCUGUUUUAUUUCUGCAUUAUGUCAUAGUGCCAAACUGCAAUAGUUUUCAGUUAAUUUUAUUCACUGAUUAGUUAUCGAUAACAACCGAUAACACUUAAUUUUUCUUUAUCGAUAUCAAGCAAAAACCAUCGAUAACACAUACUUUGCACUGUUUAGCAUCGUAAUAAAACAGGCCCAUGUUUACAAAAUUUUUAAAAAUUACAAAUUGAAUUUUUGUUUUGUAUUUGAAACUAUUUUGAAGCUCCAAUUGUCGAUCAAAAUCGUAUUUGCCAAAGCGUAGCCUAUAUUUUUGAUCUUAAAGCCUUUAAGUAACAAUUUCACAGAUUUUAAAUAUUUUUUAUAAAAAAUGGAAAACGUCUUGUUUCUAUAAAUUGUGCCUGCUCACAUAUGAAACGAUCUAAUAUCGAUUCCUUUCUGAUAAAAAUAUAUCGAUUUUUCAUUUUUUUGUUUUUUUUUUUUGUAAAUAUUGAUUUUGUAGAAAACAAUGUGUUUUAUGGACAAGUUAUCGAUUCUUUGAGGAGAGAGUUAUCAACUUUUUCUGUGGAAAAUGUAUCCAUAUUUUUCUGUGAAAAAAUAAGUAAUGUUUUCUAUGGGAAGAAUAUCCAUUCUUUCUGGAAAAAAAUUUAACGAUUUUUUCUGAUAAAAAAUCUUAAAACAUUAAAAAAAAAUGUGUGCGAAAAAUCGUUUUUUUUUGUUGAAAAAUCUUCGACUUUUUGUCGUAGUUCAAAAUUAUCGUUUCUUUUCUGAUAUUUUCUUACUAAAAAAUUUUUAAUAAUUUUUUACUAACAAAAUUUGUGAUUUUUUUUACUAAAAAAUAUAAUUUUUUUUCAACUUAAAAGUUAUCGAUUUUUCUAAAUUUAUCGUUUUUUUUCCAAUAAAAAGUUAUCGAUUUUUCUGACCAACUAAUUGUUAAAGUAAAAAAUUAUCGAUACUCUGGUAAAAUAAUUUAAAUUUCAUAGUAAAUAUUUCGAUUUUUUUUUUGACACAUUUCGAUUCUUUUUAGUUAAAAUUUAGAUUUUUUAGUAAAAAUUUAGAUAUGUUUUCUGAAUAGAAUUGUAAUAGCAAUCGAUAAUCGAGCAAAAACAUUUCGAUUUUUUUAGUAAAAAAAUUUUUAUUUUUUUAGAAAAAGAUUUGAGUAAAAUUUUUUUAUAUUGUCUCAAUAGAAAUUUAUUGGCAAUCGAUGAUCGUUUAUUGCGGUUGCAGUCCACAACCCAUAAAACAAAGUUUUAAAUCAUACAUCAGAAAAAUCUCUUGAAGCUUAGUGCGAGUUUGUUUUUGUAUAAGCAGGUCAGAAUCUAUGCUGAUAUUUUUUUUAUGGUCGAUUUUUUUCUGAGUAAGAAGUUAUCGAUUUUUUCUGAGUUAAAAACUAUCGAUUUGUUUCCGAUUCAACAUUAUAUAUUUUUUUCUGCUGAAAAAUGUGUCCAUAUAUAUCUUUGGAUAUCUAAUUGAUUUAUUGUUCUAUUUAAGUACUUGAUAGAACGAAGUAUGCGUUAUCGAUAGCUUAAUAGAGCAACAAUACUCGAUAGCAAUCAAUAACAGUUCUAUGCGAUUGCAAUCGGGUCAUCGAUAAGACAAUGUUUUAAAAUAUAUUUCUCAAAAAUAUGUUGAAACUAAGUGUGAAUCAGUUUUUUUCCAUAGACGGGUGAAAAUAUAUGCUCAAGCUGAGUAACCAUCGAUAACAGUCGAUAACUCUCCUUUUUGACUACCUUUUGCGAAGAUAAAUCUGAUUCAAUCCUUACUCAAUUCUUUUUUUAUUAUUCCAUAACGUAUGAUCAAACGUUAUCGAAAGAUAUCGAUACAUAGCUAUCCAAAAAGAUCGCCCUGUUGAGUUAACUUACUAGACCAUCGUCUAAUAACACGUUUACAUUGAAAUUUGUAUGAUCUGGAUUUGACUAAAUCCAAAAAUAAAUCCUGUCCGUUUAUACUGCGUUUUUUGGGGAUUUAAGUGACAUACACAAGCGUACAUGCGUAUACAUGUUGUGCAUAUCACACACACAUCCAGACACAAUUACCGAAAACAGUUGCAUAUUUUGCUCAUUUUAUCGAUUAUUCAGCCAUGAGAUCGAGUUUAUUUGGGAUUUAAAAAUAAAUGCUGCAAAAAUGUUAUUUAUUUUUGUAUGAUGAAACCUGGAAAAAAAAUACAGGAUUUAACACUUAAAUCUCGAAAAAGCCAUAAAUCCGGAUUUAGUGGCCAAUGUAAACGUACUUUAAAAGUUUUUUGAUCAUAUCAAGCAUCAUAGGCACUCAAAAUUUGUGUAAAAGCCGGUGGCGCGCGGCCUCCCACUGAGACUCUCCGCUCAAUACCGCCGAUUGUCCUCGACUACCGUUGCAAGUACUUCGUAUGGAGCAUUCCACUACGCAACCUGUGGACGUGCUCGGUAGCUUGCAUCUAAACUUCUCGUGAUCGCAAUGAACACCAUACAGAUCGAACCUCAAUGUUCCAGCCUGUGUGGUGCUCACAACUAUCCCGUGCCGGAUUGCCAGUCGGUGUUACCAUCUGAUGUCAAACAAGCAGACUUGAACUGUAUAAAAUUUUUGCGUUUUAUUUUGGCCAUUCACGGCUAAAAUGCAGCAAGUAUUGUUUUGUCUCAGUGCUAUGGGUAAUCCACAGUUAUAACUCAAUAUCGAUAUAAAUAGUUUAUUAGAUUAUGCAGGAUUUGUUACUCUGAAUAGUUCCCGAUUACAUCCUAUAACUCAGUAUUUUCACCAAUAAAGCGGAAACAUUCACAGCAUUGCUCUCGAUAACUCGUGAUAGUUUUAAAACAUCAAUAGCAGACGAUUAGGCACGUUUAUCUCUUAAAGGGGCAAGUCAUAUGUACUGGACAAAUUUCGAAUUUAACAUUACACUAGAUAGUUAUCGAUAUGGUACUAUAAUAUUCCAUAGCAAAUACACCGUUCAACUGUGUUGCCAUAAAAUAUAACAGGGGCUUACAAUGCAAUGAGCCUUAGAAUGGUUAUCGACAGUGAUUGUUUACGAAAAGACACUUUGACAAGUUUUCGACUAGUUAUGGGAUAAGUUUCGAUAACCAAUACUUUUUACAAACCCUAAAACUAAAAUGAUACCGAAUCGUGGAUAACCAUUAGCCUAAGAACACUUAUAAAUGUCAUGCAUUAUUUCGAUUACAGUUAUCGUGAAAGUGAAAUUACUAUAUUAGGCGAUUGUUAUUGAUAACAAAAAUUUCACCAUGAGAAUUAAGAUAAACAGGGCAUAGGAAUAAAAAUCAACAUAAAAAUAGUUAUCGAUAACAUUCGAUGACAGUCGAUAACUCGAUUACUGUUAUAGCUUUUCAAAAAUCCAUGAAAUUUUCCUUUUUUGAAAUAUUUUAAAUUUUGCCAGUUAAUUCUAUGGAAAGUCUUACCAAAAGCAAUUGAUCUCCUUUGGAAAAUCAAUAGGAAUUGAUUUUUACCAA